CGCUGUUCGCCGCACUCGCAGUCUCGCUGCCGUAGAGUCAACAUCCACCGCGUCCCAAACCAAAUACAAACGCCAAAAUGUGCGACGACGAUGUUGCUGCGCUUGUAGUCGACAAUGGCUCCGGCAUGUGCAAGGCCGGUUUCGCCGGCGACGACGCGCCCCGCGCCGUCUUCCCAUCCAUCGUAGGUCGCCCUCGUCACCAGGGUGUGAUGGUUGGUAUGGGUCAGAAGGACUCCUACGUAGGCGAUGAGGCCCAGAGCAAGAGAGGUAUCCUUACCCUCAAGUACCCCAUCGAGCACGGUAUCAUCACCAACUGGGACGACAUGGAGAAGAUCUGGCACCACACCUUCUACAACGAGCUGCGCGUCGCCCCUGAGGAACACCCAGUCCUCCUGACUGAGGCUCCCCUCAACCCUAAGGCCAACAGGGAGAAGAUGACCCAGAUCAUGUUUGAGACCUUCAACUCCCCCGCCAUGUACGUCGCCAUCCAGGCCGUGCUCUCUCUGUACGCCUCUGGUCGUACCACCGGUAUCGUCCUGGACUCCGGUGAUGGUGUCUCCCACACCGUCCCCAUCUACGAAGGUUACGCCCUGCCCCACGCCAUCCUCCGUCUGGACUUGGCUGGUCGCGACUUGACCGACUACCUCAUGAAGAUCCUCACCGAGAGGGGUUACUCUUUCACCACCACCGCUGAGAGGGAAAUCGUUCGUGACAUCAAGGAGAAGCUGUGCUAUGUCGCCCUCGACUUCGAGCAGGAGAUGGCCACCGCUGCCGCCUCCACCUCCCUCGAGAAGUCCUACGAACUUCCCGACGGUCAGGUCAUCACCAUCGGUAACGAGAGGUUCCGUUGCCCUGAAGCCCUCUUCCAGCCUUCCUUCUUGGGUAUGGAAUCCUGCGGUAUCCACGAGACCGUGUACAACUCCAUCAUGAAGUGCGACGUUGACAUCCGUAAGGACCUGUACGCCAACACUGUCAUGUCCGGUGGUACCACCAUGUACCCCGGUAUCGCCGACAGGAUGCAGAAGGAGAUCACCGCCCUGGCUCCCUCCACCAUCAAGAUCAAGAUCAUCGCUCCCCCCGAAAGGAAGUACUCCGUAUGGAUCGGUGGAUCCAUCCUGGCUUCCCUGUCCACCUUCCAGCAGAUGUGGAUCUCCAAGGAGGAGUACGACGAGUCCGGCCCCGGCAUCGUCCACCGCAAGUGCUUCUAAGCGUGCACGUGACCCUCGCGCAUGCGCGGGGCUGCUGCGCCGCUGCUGCGUGACCCUAGUGCUGUGUAUUGUGGUGCUCUCGUUCCGCAAGGAACUCUAGCAUUUGUACGUUGUACGUAGUGAUACCUGACAGAACUGAACAUCUAAGAUAACGCCAUCUAUUGUAAUGUAAUUUAUUGUAAAAUUUAUAUAAAUUUAAUUUUCUUUUUUUUAUUUUUAUUAUAUACACGGGAUCGUUAUGGAUCUCACGCCAAAUGUAAUUAAUAAAUAAACGGUUAAUUUAUUUAUUUUAAUUACAUUAUUUCUUUUUAUACAACCGUU